UCAAGAAAAAAAAUACCAAUCUACCUGAUGGCAAAUAAAUGUAAUAUAAAAUGAACUUUUACCCAGUGAGACAUCAAUAGAUUGACCAGAGGGGAGGAGCAGUGAAAGCAGUGCCUAUUGUCUCAUCCUAUUAUUUUUCAGGACACACAAGCACAGGCUGGUGCUGAUUUCUUAGCACUUAAGCUAUACAUGCAGGCUGCAGGAGAAAAACAUGGCAGUUUUACUUGGAAGUUACAGCUUACCGUUCCUUGGAGCUAGCAUUUUCAUUGCAGCUCUGAUCUACAUUACCUACAAGCCGCUGAGCAGUUACCUCCAUAAAUGGUUUGAGAUGAAGCCUAUUCCUGGCACGGGUUUCUCAUAUCCCUUCAUUGGAGAUGCAUUAAUAUUCAAACCCAACGCAGGAGAGUUCUUUAAUCAAAUUGUGGAUUUUACAUACCAAUUCAAAGAUGCACCAUUGUUUAAAAUCUGGGUUGGACCAAUUCCAUUUGUUGUCCUUUUUCAUGCUGAGACUGUUGAGAAAAUUCUGAGUAACCCUGUUCACCUUGACAAGGCUUUUGCAUACACAUUUCUUCAUCCUUGGCUUGGAACUGGCCUUUUAACCAGCACUGGGCAAAAGUGGCGACAGAGAAGAAAGAUUCUGACACCAACCUUCCACUUUUCCAUCCUCACUGACUUUUUGCAAGUAAUGAAUGAACAAGCAGAGAUUCUGGUGGAGAAGCUGGAGAAGAAGGCAGGAAAAGGUUCUUUCAACUGCUUCAGUGACAUCACCCUCUGUGCACUGGACAUAAUCUGCGAAACUGCAAUGGGAAGGAAAAUUUACGCACAGAGUGAUUCGGAAUCAGAGUAUGUUAAAUGUGUAUACAGAAUGAGUGACAUUGUCAGUCACAGACAGAGGACACCUUGGUUUUGGCCUGACUUUAUUUACUACUACUUUGGUGAGGGCAAGAAGCAUGACCAGACUCUGAAGAUCCUCCAUUCCUUUACCUAUAAAGUUAUAAGAGAAAGGUCUGAAAACAUGUCCUACAUUGAAUCAGACAAUGACUCUGACCACGGCAAGAGGAAGCGACAGGCCUUUCUGGACAUGCUCCUGAAGACCACAGAUGAAGACGGCAACAAGUUGAGUCAUCAGGACAUCCAAGAGGAAGUGGACACCUUUAUGUUUGAGGGUCAUGACACUACGGCUGCCUCCAUGAACUGGGUCCUCCACCUGCUGGGAUCCCAUCCUGAGGUGCAACAAAAAGUUCAACAAGAGCUGCAGGAAGUGUUUGGUACAUCAGGUCGCCCCAUUAACACAGAGGACCUGAAGAAGCUCAAAUACAUGGAAUGUGUCAUCAAGGAGGGUCUGCGGCUGUUUCCUUCUGUGCCUUUCUUCGCUCGAAGCCUCUGUGAAGUCUGCAAUCUCAAUGGUUUCAAGGUUCCCAAAGGAGCGAAUGCGAUCAUCAUCACCUAUAGUCUUCACCGUGAUCCACGAUACUUUCCAGAGCCAGAGGAGUUCCGGCCGGAGCGUUUUUUUCCUGAGAAUUCAGCUGGAAGGCCUCCAUAUGCAUAUGUCCCUUUCUCUGCUGGACUUCGCAACUGCAUCGGCCAACGUUUUGCACUUAUGGAAGAAAAGGUGGUAUUGGCGUCCAUUCUCCGUAACUUCAACGUCGAGGCUUGUCAGAAACGUGACGACCUUCGUCCGGUAGGGGAGCUCAUCCUGCGACCGGAGAAGGGCAUUUGGAUCAAACUGGAAAAGAGGGAACCUCUAGCAUCAUAAAUUAGCAUCGGCUUAAUAACUCUGAGUCAUGUCAUUCAUUCAAAAUGUUAGCUUUGUGACUUUGAAGAGGCAAAAGAGCAGAGAAUUAAUUGAAAGUUAUGAAACAUUCUAUCAUUUGAUCUUGUUUACAAAUUCAAUACAUUAAGAAAUAUUUAAGAAACAGAGCUUUGCAUGUCACUGGAGCUCAGUUAUUUCCCAGUAUUAAUGUUUGCCUCAUUUUGGGAUUUCUAUCCCCCAAAUGAUUCCUCAUUACAAUUUUAAAGAAUAUUUGGAAUGUUUAAAGAAUGGGGUCUUUCCGUAUGGAGUUUGCAUGUGCUCCCUGUGUGUACGUGCAUUGUUGUCUGGUGUGUGACUAUGUAGCCCUGAAGGAUAAGUGUGCAUAGACAAUAGAUGAAUGGAUGGAACUAAUUCAUUUGUUUCCUUCUGAGUCACAUAUAAAGGAAGCUUAAUAAUUAAAUAGGCUGCACAUAAA